CCUUUGAGAGGCGGGGCUCAAGUGAUCGGUGAGCUGCUGUUGGAAGACAUUAGCAAGACAGCCUGAGCCCUGGGCAAAGGUUAGAGGAGGCUGUUACCCCAAGGGGGAAGCUGCUGCGAUUCUGGUGGAUACAAUUCAAGGCUCAGGUGAGCAAGAAGAGAAGACAUGGCGGAGACGGAGAGUGGCGGCUCAGUGCACGAGACUCGCUUUGUGGCAGCGGUGAAAGUAAUUCAAAGCCUGCCCAAAAAUGGUUCAUUCCAACCGACCAAUGAAAUGAUGCUCAAGUUCUAUAGCUUUUAUAAGCAAGCAACCCAAGGACCUUGUAAUAUUCCAAGACCUGGAUUUUGGGACCCUAUUGGUAGAUAUAAAUGGGAUGCAUGGAAUGCUUUAGGAGAUAUGCCCAAAGAAGAAGCUAUGAUUGCUUAUGUUGAAGAGAUGAAAAAGAUUCUUGAAAGCAUGCCGGUGACAGACAAGGUUGAAGAACUGCUGCAUGUACUGGGCCCAUUCUAUGAAAUCGUCGAGGAGAAAAAGAACAGAGGGACUGAAAUAAUAUCAGGCCCUGGAACUGCCAUAACACCUGUGCCUGCUAUGAAUGGCAAAUCUGAGAGCAGUGAUAGUGGAGCCGAGUCAGAGGAGGAAGAAGUCCAGGGAGAAACAGAAGAAUUAAAGGAGACUGUAGAAGAAACAAAAACUAUAGAAGAGGAAUCAGCUGUGGCUAAGGAAUCGGACAGUAUUGUUACCAAUGGUGGCUAUGAAGAUGACAUCACUAAUUCUGACUUGGCCAAUGGCAUACAGACUAAAUCUGACCUGAACGGUAUAAAUGAAGUUGAAGAAAUUAAGAAGAAAGACAAACGCCUGGAACUACCUAUCAGACCGCAUUUUGGUUAUCAUCAAGGUCUCACUGAAGAUACCACUGAAGAGGUCUCUGGGAUUCAGCAUUUGACAAGUGAUUCAGACAGUGAAGUUUACUGUGAUUCUAUGGAGCAGUUUGGACAAGAAGAGCUCUUGGACAUCAGUUCAAACAAUGAAUCUUCAAAGCGUCAUUUCCGUUUCUCAGAAGUUGAUCGUGGUAGCCUGCUAGAAACUUCUGGCUUUCUUGAACUCGGAAACUACAAGUCAGAAGGUCUAAAGGAGGCAGCAGUUGAAGGAAAAGGUGAAGUCAAGUGUGGAGGUGAAGAUGGCAAAGGAAGUGAAGGAGGCCCUCACAAAGAGAAGAAAGGUGGCGAAAAGGUUGACUUCUAUGGAGCGAGAAGAGGGAGAGGGCACAGAAUGCACCCUGUGGGUGACGGCACCCAGCGUGGACAGAUGGGCAGCGGAGGAGAUGGAGAACGGUGGGGUUCAGACAGAGGGCCAAGGAGCAGCCUCAAUGAACAAAUUGCAAUAGUGCUAAUACGGUUGCAAGAAGACAUGCAGAAUGUCUUCCAGAGACUCAAUACACUGGAGACCCUGACAGCUUCUCAGGCAAGAACAGCAGCUCUGCAUUCAAGCAAUCAGGCUGCUUCACCUGUUAAGAGACCAUCAUGGUGGCCUUUUGAGAUUUCUCCUGGUACUUUAGCCUUUGCUGUUUUAUGGCCCUUUAUUGCCCAGUGGCUGGUACACAUGUAUCUUCAAAGAAGGAGAAGAAAAGAGAUCUGACGUUUCAGUUCCUGACUGUGAUUAAGGACUGCUAACAUGGGAGGACUCUGGAUGGAGAAAUAAUUCAUCGAAGUACCAACAAGAACUACGGGCUGUAGGAUGGCUCAGUCUUCCUUGUGUUUUCUUUUUUCGCCUUUUGCACUUCCUGAGAUAAUAAACCUGAGUGGUCCACCGAUCUUAGAUAACAAGUAAAAUACUGAUACCCCAUCCUGCAGUUACAUGACCCUUAAAUUAAUUGUUUUAGAAUGUAUACUUUCUGAACAAUCUGAUUUAUUGCAGCCCUUAAAGAGAAUUUUUGACUUUAGAAAGAACCAAUUGAAUCAGGGCCGUACCGUCGUAAAGCGGUGCCCAAAGCAAGCCCUGGGGGCUGCACCCACUUCCCCUACCCCCCAACUGUGCUUGAGGGCCACCCCAACUCACUUACCACUGCCACAGGAGCCUGUAGUAGUGCUGGGCACCCCUGAUGUCACAGCCAGGCUGUGCACCGCCAGUGUGUUCUGGUUGGUGACGGAGGAGCCUUGAAGUUUGGCAUGUGAGCAGCAGAGGGGGGGGGGGUCCAAAAAAGCAGCUGGCAAGCAGGUGGGCAGGUGAGCUGCUUUUGUUUGCUCCAAGGUGGAGGGCGGGGGGGCAGCCCAGAGUGCCCCGAUGUGACACGUUAGAAUGGCCCCUCUGUUGUCUGUCCCCUCUGCCCCCCACAUCCACUACUGAAUUAGAUGCAAAACAUAAUCUGUAAAAUUGUUCGUAUAACAUGACUUAUUUUUGAUUCACCCAUGACUUUGUACAUAGCCUACAAAUGAACAAGAGAAGGAAACUUUCUAAACUGGACAGAAUAGUUGAAUUGUGUGGCUUUACUUAAAGUUCCAAGAGGUUUAGUUUAUCUUUGCUGCUAUAUAAAUGAGAGAGGUUUUGUUUUUAAGUAAAUGAACUGGAAUCAAACAUUUAAGACCAUGAUUUGUACCUGCACAGAUACCAUCAGCGUUGUAUGUAGUAGCCAAGCACCGUGCAUGUUAAAGCAGACUGGGGUAGAAUACAGCAUGAUAGCUACGUAAUAGCCAUGUCGGGGAGGGAGGGCUAUAAAUAAAAAAAAUGAAUAUAUAGAAGGCACAAUUAAGAAAAAGAGCCUACUACUCCAAAGCAAUGCUGAAAUCAGUCAGAAUUCAAUGCACAGGUCCACUCAAUUCAGUAAGAGUUGGGCACAUCUGGAUUACAAGAGACAGCUAUGUAUUUUAGCAGCAUUAUUUUAUUAAAAAAUAAAAUUUGACUUACCCAUGCAGGAGGUGUUCAAAUGCUAAAAAUUAGCUGCACAUAAACUGCCAGAGUAGUCGGGUGGAUUGGUUCCAGUGCGAAUCCAAAAUGUCUCUGGGAUACCUGGUAUUCAGUGUCUAAAGCUGUGCCAGCACCUCUUGUAUUACCCACCCCAAAACCAAUGCCUGAAAACAGGAUGAGUCCUAGUGCUCACUGCCAUGAUAAACCUGUGUCUGGGUUGGAUUACUUCAGACCGUAGAUGGUGGCUUGUAUAGCUGAAUGCUCAGAUAACAAAAGCAUCUUUUUAAAAAAAACAAGUAAAAACCCCUUUCACUUUGGGGAAGAUUCUGCAUUAGAACGCUACACUCUGACAUGUAUGUGGAAUAUUUGAAAAAAGAGAAUACUCAAUCUUGUGAACUCUCAGCUGCUCUCUGAAGAGUACAGCCCAGACACUGUUUAAUACCUUGGUGUAAAUUCUAGAGAAAGGGACAACCGGUGUAAAACAAGUAGCUCCUCCCUGUUUUUUUUAACAGACUUACCAACACUAUCAAACUUGCCCCACUGAGUAUACUAAAUGGGGACAUUCUUUAAUUCUGUACUAUAAUCUGUGGCCUUUUCAAUGCCAUGGCCCCCUAAUUCUGUUUCCUAUAAAUGCUUUUAAAGGUAAUUUUAGCACUGUCACUUUAUUGCAUUUCCACCUAUUGCUGUUAUUGACCAGAUACAUAUUUGAAUGCAACGGCCUGUUUAGUAACAGCAUUUCUAGAAACAGCUUUUUUCCUAAGGAAAGGGGGGAAACGUAACACUUUCUUAUAUGGGGGAAAAAAUCAACCUAGAGAUUGCUUUUCAGUCGUUAUAGGGAGCAGAACACUUAUGCGACAUUCAUUGAAAUACAGCUAUUUUGCUAAAGCUACUAAUGCCCAAAUAAGCCUACCACAAUCAACUGAACUACUAAUGGAGUAAUUACUGGAUCAUGACAUGUUUUGCACUGUGUAAUUCUUUUGAGUCCAGCAUUACAAGAAGAUCAAGGGAAUGGUUUUCUCCUGAUGUAUGGUCUAAAAAGGUGGGAUAAUAAUCUUCCUUUCUGUUAUAUGCUGUACAAAUAAUGUAAUUACCAAAAAAAAGUUUCUGCCUUGUUUGAUAGAACCCGAUUUAAUCUUUCCUUUAAAAUAUUCAUUCAUCGAUUGUAAAUAGCAUUUUAACAAAUAAAGAAUGACACGUGUAUACACCUGA